CGCAGAAAGAGGUGUUAAAUCCAAGGGCAAAACUUCCUAUAAAAUAUCCCUACCGACAAAUUCAUAUUUUGUAGAUCUGAUCUAGUGACGCACGCUCUCCCAGUUAAGUGCAUUUUGUUGUAGCACGUGUAAUUAAAAGGGCAAGGAAAAAAGUUGAUAUUUAUUUGAUUACAGAACGUCUUUCAUACUCCUGUAUUGCUGUGCCUAAACAACAUCCCUGCUGGUUCUAUGGCUAAUUGCUGACUAGUGUUUUAAAGCAGGUGGGCAGAUGUGUCUGCUUGCUUUUGUAAAGCGUGUGUGUGCCAUUUUGUAAUAGAAGAAGAGUAAAAAAAACGUUCUCACUUCUGCUUUAUUCACGCAGUGGCCUAAUCUGUGUAAGUGCUUGGGUGUGUGAGACUGAGAUCUAUAACUGUCAUUACUUCCUCAGUGAGCAGUUAGAGACGACAGUCUACAGACCUUCGAAACAGUUCAUCCAUGGGAUAGAUAGAUAGAUAUUUUUGUAUUCAGAAACCGUACAAACAGGUAUCCCACUGUUCUAAAACAAGGUGGCUAUCAUGCUCGGAGAAGCUUUCCUUCAUUUUCUGAACUGCAAAGAUGACGCCAGGAAUCAUGCUGAACAUAAUGAAACACACUCACGCACCCCCACCAACCGCCCUGACCCUUGUAUGGCGAAAGCUGCUGCCAGAUCAUCUCUGACACUGCAGACGGUUAGAGCCUGUAGGCCUGUAGGCCCUGAAAAGCCAAGACCUUGCCGGGCCUCUGCACCCAGCAACGCUGUGCCUAUUCUCAGCUGUGAUGGGGAAGAUCACUUGGGCAUGACGUUGUAUUGCUCCUGGUGCUGUCCCAGCUUCUAUAAAGACUAUCCGGACCUCCGACUUGCAGGUGAUCGGCUGGAGCAUUGGAGUCCUCAUAACCUAGACCUGCUUAGCUCAGAGGACAACGGACCACUGCUACAAUCUCAGGACCUGAGCUCUCUGGAACCUUCUCUGGAUCAAAAUCAACAGUUAAAUUCAGAAACACAGCAGGAUGAGGGCUAUCUUGUUAUGGAGAGCGUUCAGGGUCCUGGCUGGGAGAGGAGGCUCACCAACUCCAUGUUGAAUGGUUAUCUGGAGAAUCAAAUGCUGGAGGUGUUUUGUCAGCACAUGCACAACAUGGCUUGCUGUGGAUCAUCAUUGCCUGGCACUGAUGUCAUGCCAACACUGGUGCCCACCAGCCUGACCGUACCGAAAGAGCAUAGCACCAAUCGGGAAGAGAUGGAUUCUUCAUCCAAAAAUGUUGUGCGGUACUUGAGCACUUGUUCAGCUCCGGCCACGUCCCAUUUCAGCUCACCUGUGCUGCGUAUCUCAGAAGCUGAGGAGCCACCCUCGUAAACACGCCCACUUAUCAUGAUGACGUCAUUCCUGUUCUCAUUAAAUUCCCUCUCUUGGUCCCAUGUAUUUUUACCAAAACACAAAUAAUUUAGCAAUGGCAUGGGGAAUGAUGUGGAUCACAGCAGAAAAUCACUUUAACUCAUUAAUGUAGAUCAUUUUACACAUUUUACAUUUUAACUGGGUAAUAGUUGUAAAGUGUUUCAACAAAAAAACAUUUAGUAAAUGCCUUAUUUAAAGUGGCAAUUUGUCAUAAGUGCCAGCAGUAUUCAGUUCAGUACACAUUUAUUUCUAUAGCACCUUUCAGAAUUUUGCAUUAUUGCAAAGCAGCUUUACAGUGAAUAUGUAUAAGGACAGACAGUAGUGACAAGAGUAAAAAACAGGAAACUGUGAAAUAUAAAGACUACAUUGUAUUAUUGCAUUUAUUUUCUUUAUAUGAUGUACAUUGAUAAAACUAAAAAAACUAAGUUUUCAACUGGACCUUUAUAUUUAUAGAGCUAAUAAUCAAGUGUGUGUAUAAUUUGUUAAACAAGAUGUAUUAGUACACAAUGCCAGGUUUGGAGUAUGUGCAAGAUUAUUACACAAGCUAGAGCAGAAGUGAAAUGCAGAAAGGAGAGAAAGAGAAGAGAAACUUAUACUGGUCCAGUAGACCUUCAUUGUUAGUGUAUCAUAAUAACCAAUAGCCACCAAACGACAAAAGCUCCUGAAACCAGAGGUCACUUCUAGAGAAACCCGAAGCACAAUUUCAACAUUAUGGCUCCGUCUUUUUUCUCCUUACUCAUUACCUCCCAUCCUUUCUUUCAUUUUCAUUGUAAGUUUUACCAAACAGUAUUACCACAAUUUGUUUUAAGAAAAGAGGAACCGAGCUGUCAUGUGUAGAUUAUAUAAUGACGUUUACAAAUGUUACUGCUUACUUCAGUCCUGCUCCAGCUUUCAUUUUCUAUGUUGAUUGAAACGUCAUCAGCAAAUAUCCUGUUUUGUGUAUAUUAAUAAUUAAUGAAUCUAUUGAAUCUGAUUAUUUUAUGAGUUAUUUGUGAUAAAAUAAGAACGAAGUUUAUUCAACGUGAGUGGACAAUUACUCUUUUUUUGUUAAAUCGCACCACCUGCUGGUGCUAUUGAUACAUUACACUGAGGCGUAGACUAACAUGGUUCGGGCGCCCUCUGCUGGUAUUUUUCAGAACAGCGUCCAAUGUCUCCACGAUGGGUUAUGUCAUACUGGCCAUGACAUUGUCAUUUACUCUGUGCUGUAAGACUUAAUUUGUUUCAUAUUACUUCGAUGUUUACAGCUAAAAUACAUUCCCUUUUGUAGAGUAUGUGUUAAAUUGAACAUCAUAUAUGAAUAAAGUAACGGAUUGGUAUUUAAAUCUA